AUGUUUGGAUUAGGCGGUUCUUCAGCUCCCCAACUAUCAUCUCAGGCCAAACUUGCUGCAGCGGAAGCUGAGUUGGACAUGGUCACUGGAAUGUUCAACGCAUUGGUCUCACAAUGUCACAAUAAAUGUAUAAGCAAGCUGUAUAGUGAAAGCGAUCUCACAAAGCAAGAACUGUUAUGUCUUGACAGAUGUGUUGCUAAGUAUUUUGAAACCAAUGUUCAAGUCGGUGAGAAUAUGCAGAAAUUAGGUCAAAGCGGUCAAUUCAUGGGUAGGAGAUAA